AUGUUCAAGAAGCCAAAUCUUCUGCACUAUGGCGGCAUCCAGCUCCUAAGCUUCCAACCUACCGUUUCGCCACAUGCCCACAUUAGCUUCAUUCCAUCUCCGCGAAGCUAUGCGACCAUAUCAGAUACCUCGGGACCAGUCUACUCGUGGCCAAAAUCAUCCUCAUUUACUCCAUAUGAGGUCCUAAAUAUCCCUCGCAAUGCCGCAUAUUCAAAGACCCGCUACUACGACCUCGUAAAGCUCUACCACCCCGACCGCCACAGCAAAGACGUCACCGAAGAAGUCCGUCUCCACCGCUACAAGAUCGUAGUCGCUGCCCACGAGAUCCUCUCCGAUCCUACAAAGCGCGAUGCAUACGAUAAAUUUGACGCGGGUAUAUACACAAACGCAACAUGGGAAGACUGGGAACGAUGGAAUAAUCGGAACAACCCUAAACAGCAGAACAUAAUAGACCACCGUACGUUCACACGGCUAGUUAUCCUCCUUGUAUUAUUCGGCGGUGCCGUGCAGGCGUCCUGGAUCAGCCAAAUGAACACGGGGUAUGAGCAACGCCUUCGCGAGGUGAGUGCGGACUCGAUGCGGUUUUUGUCGGGACGGAGACAGAAUACUGUGAAUCAAAUGGCGUCGAAUGAUGCAAGAGUGCAGAACUUCUUGAUUCGUAGGGAUCCGACGGGUUCGGGUCUCAAGGAUGAUGAACAGCCUGUUUAUCAGAAGGAAUUGCAUCCCAAGCAGGGUCUUCAAGACGGCUCGGAUACUCGCUCGGGUGUUUCUGAGUCAAAGGAGCAAUCCAAGACCGAGUCUACGCUGCAUUCAGCGUUGGAGCGAUCCGGUGAUUCAGUUGAAACUUGA